AUGGCCACAGUCUCAAAUGAUCCCAAUGCGUGGCCGCAAAUCAAGUUGUUUCGCUUUUACAGCUAUUUUGUAGUUGCAUCCUUUGCUGCCAUAAUAUAUGAAUGGGUACUGACGUUAGGCCAAGAGAUCGAGCUGGUAUGGACGAAACGCUGGUCCCUGAUGACUAUCUUAUAUCUGAGUCUGCGUUGCACUGGGAUAAUAUUCACUGUGUAUUUCUACUGUGCUGUGGACUGUCCCAUCGGUCUCGUUGACGGAUACAAGGUUAGUGAAAGCUUCGAUCAGCUUGUUGCUUUACCAAAUAUAACAACUGCACAGCUGUACGUUUUUUGGAAGCACGAAAGCUCGUUACUCAGUUUUUCAGGCACUAUCAUUUGGUACUUACAAAGCGGGACAUCUGUGGUUGCAAAUGCCGUGCUGGGAGUCAUCAUCAUCAUCCGGUUACAUGCCAUGUAUGAGCGGUCCAGAAAGAUGCUUGCCUUUCUCGUUGUAUUCCUUCUCGUUUCCACCAUCAUAUUUGCAGUGAUUGCCGCGAGUAGCCAUGUUUCAGGAGAGGAGAUCGUUUUCUACGAAACCCAUCAGUGCAGUCCUACUGGAGGCAGUUCAAAUCUAGCAACCGAGGCAUGGGGUUUAUCCACUGCAUGGGAGCUUACCACACUGUGUCUCGCAGUCUGGGUUGUUGUAAAAUACCUCCGUGAACUGAAACAGCCAUUGGCGAGAUUGACCCUUGGGAACUAUUUCAGGGUGUUGCUCGAAACCCAUGCAUUCUACUUUACAGCAUAUGCUGCUGUUGCUUGCUUGAACCUCGGUAGUCUCUCUCCAAGCAUCGGGUUUUCCUUGGGAGGUGAAAUCUAUUAUGGCAUUCUUCAACUCGCCCAGGUCAUGCAGAUGUUUGUACUGGGACCACGCCUCAUCCUCAGCAUUCGAGAAUAUCACGACAAGGAGAUGACGCGAUCAGACGAAAGAACUGAUACGAGUACAAUGGUUUUCCAGGGACGCACACAGAAGUCGACUGGCUCAUCUGUGUAA